UCGUCGUCCCUUGACAAUACUUUGAUGCUAUGGAAUAUCAAGCCACAGACGCGUGCUUACCGAUUCACUGGACACGAGAGUGCAGUACUCUGUGCUUGUUUUUCUAGAAGUGGCGAAAUUAUUGCAUCGGCCUCCAAGGAUUGUACUGUUAAAUUGUGGAUCCCGAACAUAAAAGGCGAUUCAAUUACGUUCCGUGCCCAUACUGCGGCAGUUAGAUGGGUUGAUUUGUCGCAAGAUGGUACGCGUCUUUGUACGGCCUCUUCUGACAAGUCAGUGAAAGUUUGGAACGUUCAACGGCAGAAAUUUGCCUACAGUUUGAAUAAACACGUAAACUGGGUUCGGUGCUGCAAGUUUUCUCCAGAUUCGCGGCUCAUUCUUUCUAGUUCUGACGAUAAGACCAUCCGUCUUUGGGACUGUCGAAAUCAGGAAUGUGUUAAUGUUUUUUCUGACACAGGAGGGUUCGCGAAUCACAUUGACUUCCAUCCUAGUGAAACCUGUUUUGCUUCUGGCAGCUCUAAUACAACCGUAAAAGUGUGGGAUCUGCGUAUGAGACGUCUAAUUCAGCAAUACGGUGAUCAUACGGCGUCGGUUCAAAAGGUCAGUUUUCACCCGUCCGGAAUCUAUCUUCUGUCUGCCUCGGAAGACUGUACGAUGAAAAUAUUUGACCUCCUAGAGGGGCGUCCUAUUUACACUCUUAGUGGCCAUAAGGGUGCGAUCAGUGCUGCAGCUUUCUCCAUCUCAGGUGAACUCUUUGCGUCUGGUGGUGCCGACGAACAGGUGUUCAUUUGGAAGACGAACUUUGCUGAAUUUUCUGAAUCCCCUAACUGUGCUCGUGACUCCGUAAUGGCAUCAACACAUGUACGAAAGUCCAUUUUGACGGAGCGGUGGCCUCUGCCAGACAUCUACUGUAGCAAACGUUACACGGACGAUGAUGGGAACGCUAAUUCAAAUACUGAUCAAAUCUUAGCUUCGAACAGUCAGCGCCAUAUGGAUGGCUGUAUAAAAACGGCGGCUGACGUUGAGUCCUCCUCCUUCACUGCAACGGAGCCUUCUAAGAAUCCCUCUUCUCUUCCGCUUUCUUCGAGGGCUAACCAACAACAGGAGGGUGGAGAUGCUACUCCUGCUGAAAGGUCAGCUCAUAUCUCAAUAAAGGAGAAGGUUUCAUCGGUUCCUGAGUGCAUUGCUUCCACGCUUGCCACGAUGACGGCUCAGUUGAACAUCCUCACACAGGCCGUCCUCAUCGCGACUGUAUUCAUUCCUGGUAGGCAUAUCAUAGCCACUCCUUGGAGCGUUUUUACUGCUCAACGGGGCACUUUUUUACUGACUCGCGCAGCCUCACAUAACCGUGCUAUAAUCGAGUCAUAA